AUGACGGGUGCGGUCUGCGGGGACCCAGCUGAGAGGCUGCUGAAAAGAAGGACAUCAGGCUGGUGUCUGAGCAGUUCUCGCAGUCCCCGCAGAAGCUGUCUUUCUACAUGCAUCCGAUGCCUGCCCUGCUGUCCCCCGUCCAGGUACUUCCGCUAUGGCGCCCCUCCCGUCAUCAACCCCCUGGGUACCAGCUUCCCUGCCAACACCUCCGUGCAGCCCUCCUUCCUCAUCAAGAUGCUGCAGAGCAAUGCUUCCAUCAACAUCUCCCACCCGGCGCCUGGGGACUGGUUUGUGGCUGCCCACCUGCCCCCCUCAUCCCAGAAGAUUGAGGUGAAGGGCUUUAUUCCCACCUGUGCCUACAUCUUCCAGCCUGACAUGCUGGUCGUGCGGGUAGUCGAGGUCUCCAUCCUUGAGCCCAACACACCCUUGCCACAGACCCUCCUCUCCCAGCCCAGCUACCUCAAAAUCUUCGUCCCCGAGUUCACCCAGGAGCUGCGGCUGGAGCUGCAGGGCUGUGUGUCCAACGGGAGCUGGGGCUGCCCCGUGCACCUCACCGUGGGCUCAGCUACCCUGCCCAGCAACUUCCAGAAGGUGCUCACCUGCACCGGCCCCGCCCAGACCUGCCGCCUGCUGUUGCCCUCGCCACCCUGGGACCGGUGGUUGCAAGUGACAGCCAAGAGCCUGGCAGGGCCCCAUGUGUUGGUGGCUUUCAGCACUGUAGCUUCUCUCACAGCCUGCAGGCCUUGGAUCGUAAAUUUCCAGCAUCUUCUGCAGAACACUUCAAACCAGAGCCGCAACACAUCUGCUGGUCUGCUGCCCGCGGGGCCUGGCUGGCGGGGCCUGCCGGGGAGCAGCCGUGUGGGCGGCGGCCCCUUCUGCCUCCUGAGCUACCAGGCCGUGCGGGAAGACGUGGAUGUGGUGUCUGUGCACUUCAGGCCCCCGGACAGGGCCUUGGUGCUGGUGCAGUCAGACGUGCCUGCGGUGAUGCGGCUGCAGCUGAGCACAGGCAUGGACAGCGGGGGCUCCCUCACCAUCGCCCUGUGGGCCAACGAGAGUGUGAUGCCCAACAACACCUGGGUGAAGGUCUGCGUGAACGCUGCCUCGCCCUUCCUCAGCUUCAGCGCUGCGCUCAACUGCACCACAGCCUUCUUCCAGGGGUAUCCCCUGUCUCUGAGCACCGUGUCUCGCAAGGCCCACCUUAUCAUUCCCUACCCAGAGACGGACAGCUGGUACCUCUCCCUGCAGCUCGUGUGCCCUCAGAGUCCUGAGGGGUGUGAGGGGGCCUCGGUGCUCGUGGAGGCCGCCUUGUCCUUGGUGCCCUGCUUGAACGACUGCGGGCCAUACGGCCAGUGCCUCCUGCUGCGCAGACACGGCUACCUGUAUGCGGGCUGCAGCUGCAAGGCAGGCUGGCGCGGGUGGAGCUGCACGGACAACAGCACCGCCCAGACCUUGGCCCAGCAGCAGGCAGCCGUGCUCCUGCUCACCCUCAGCAACCUCAUGUUCCUGGCCCCCAUCGCCCUCUCUGUGCACCGCUGCCUCCUGGUGGAGGCCUCCGUCUACGCCUACACCAUGUUCUUCUCUACGUUCUAUCACGCCUGCGACCAGCCGGGGGAGGCCGUGCUGUGCAUCCUGAGCUAUGACACCCUGCAGUACUGCGACUUCCUGGGCUCGGGGGUGUCCAUCUGGACCACCAUCCUCUGCAUGGCGCGGCUGAAGGCCGCCCUGAAAUAUGUUCUGCUUCUCCUGGGCACACUGGUGUUGGCCAUGACCUUGCAGCUGGACCGCAGGGGCGCCUGGAACACGAUGGGGCCUUGUCUCUUUGCCUUCGUGGUCAUGGUCACCAUGUGGGUGUACCGCUGCAGGCACCGGCGGCACUGCUACCCACCCUCCUGGCAGCGCUGGGCCUUCUACCUCCUGCCCGGCAUCUCCAUGGCCGCCGUGGCCAUUGCCAUCUACGCCUCCAUGAUGACCAGCGACAACUAUUACUAUACCCACAGCAUCUGGCACAUGCUGCUGGCGGGGAGCGCAGCCUUCCUGCUGCCCCCACGGGACAAGCAUGCUGAGCCCUGGGCCUGCUCACAGGGCCUCGCCUGCCGCUAUCAGAUCUGUAAGAACUACCGGGAGGAGCUGUACACGGUGACGUGAUGCCGCCAGCUCAGACAUGCACAGCUCUGGUGGCAGCCUCUGCAGCCAGGGGGGCACCACGGGAGAGGGGCCCUGUCCCGAUGGAUUUCCAGCGGAAUAAAAUGGCCCUGCACACCCA